AUGACUCUUCCUUCCCAAUCCCGAUCAAUCCAGGCUGCCCCCAACUCCUUGCUCACUUUGCUCAAUCCAAGCAAUCUAUCAUGUGGCGAAGUCUUUAGGGUUAUUGUUCCCACAGACUUUAUUGUCGACAGACGUGCUUUUGUUAUUCUUCUUGGACAUGGCGCAGAAGAGAAGGCGUUGCAACUUAAUGGGAGUGACAUCGGAGAUUGGAAUGCCCUUGUUAAGGUUGCACCCGAGGAAGAAGAGGAGGAAUACCAGAUGCAUGCAACAAAUUACUGCAGUUUGUUUGGCAUUGCCGUUUUGGGGUAUGACACUAGCCUUCCUGAAGAUGAAAUCGAGAGCAAGUUGACAGCAAAUUUCUCAUCUUGUGGGAAGAUAACACAUGUUUUCGUUUGUCCUCUCGACGAGUGUACUAAUAUCUAUUUUUCCAAAGAAGAAGGUGAAGCUAGUGCCCUGGAUCUUAAUGGAAGUGAAGUGGGCGGAUUCAAAAUAACUACCAUGCGCGUUGCCACAGUCAGAAGUAACCCUCCCCUUGCCCCCGGUGAAACUCGUAUUGGCUAUAGUAUCCCAGCUCAUUUUAUCGAGUUUGCCCGCGAGAACGAGGAGAAGCUCAAUGAUUAUAUGACUAAGUGA